AUGGGCCGAGACACAGGUAAUUUCAGCGAAUCUCGUACAUCGAGCACAAGACCUCGGAAGACUCAGUACCGGCUUAUUGAAGACGUCGAAGAUCUGGACAGGUACCGCCCCGGGGGAUACCAUCCUCUUCAAAUCGGGGACGAGUUAGAUCGUGGCCACUAUCGACUGGUUGACAAGCUUGGGUAUGGAGGAUACUCGACCAUAUGGCUGGCCCGAGAUCUACGAAAAGCAGGAUAUGUGGCGGUGAAAGUCAUUACCGCUGAUGCCAGUGAUUCCAAUCAUGAGGCUAGUCUCAUUAAUUCUCUUCAGAAUUCGCCAUCUAGACGGGGGAGCGACAUUAUUGCUCCUCUCGUUGACGAAUUCUGGGUCGCCGGUCCCAAUGGGAAACACAGAUGUAUUGUCACUCCGCCGGCGCAGAUGAGCUUGUUCGAUGCCAGAGAGGCUUCUACCCUUGGGCUGUUUCGGCCCAACGUCGCGCAGUCGAUUGUCGCUCAGCUCAUUCAUGGAGUUGCAUUCCUUCACAGUGAAAAUAUUGUCCAUGGCGACAUUCAUCUUGGUAACAUUUUGAUUCAGUUUCCUGAGGCGAUUGAUAGAUUUUCUACAUCAGAUCUCUACGAGAGAUUCGGAGAGCCAGAGCCAGAGGCCGUAGUUCGUAUAGAUGGUAAACCGUUGCAGAGUGGUGUACCCGUUCACGUAUUUAUACCCGCUUGGUUUGGCGUCCGCAGCGACAAGAUUGUCCUUGGCGAGGAGAAAAUUAUCCUCAGCGAUUUUGGAGAAUCAUUCAACCCACAUAAAGCUCAUAGACCCUGUUCGAAGACGCUUCCUCUCCUCCAGCCACCAGAGGCCAGGUUCUCGGAUCAGCCGCUCUCCUUUGCAUCGGACAUCUGGACACUUGCAUGCACCAUCUGGGAGAUAUUUGGUCAGCGGCCUUUGUUUGAGGCCUUUUUCCCAACUGCCGACCGCGUUAUCAAGGAGCAAGUCGAAGUCCUUGGUAUUUUACCCCCAGAGUGGUGGGGGAAAUGGAGCAGAAGACUAGAUUGGUUCAACGAAGAGGCCGAAUUUGAUUUGAGGCCCGAGACGUCUAGGGGUCAUGAUGGCGUGCGCAGGACUUGGGACCAGAGGUUUGACUACUCCAUACAGGAGCCUCGGGCUGAGGCCGGCCUGGAGACCGUGACGAAGGAAGAGAGGAGGGCGUUCGAGGCGAUGCUUCGCUCGAUGCUGAGCUUCCGACCAAACGAAAGAGCGACAGCGCUGCAGGCAUUGCACUCAGAAUGGAUGAAGAGAUGGGGACUACCAGCUCUGGAACAGAGCGAGAGUAUCUUUAAAUCUGUUAUGAAAGGAAAACACAAUUUACAAGAUUGA